GUUGGGUCACGUGGUUCAGAUUUGAGGCUCUCCGGCUGCUCUUUCUGCUGUAAGAGGUUUUCAAAGAUGGCGGUCCUCCACGGUACGGAUGGAUGCGAGGACAGGCGUUGCCUCUAAAACGGUGAACUUACAUUUUGGCGGUGUUGAAUGGAUAUAGCAGUGAUUUAAAGCAAGAUAUAUUUGUUCACCAUGCCGUCCCCGAAACCCGUCAGAGCCAGCAAUGCGCGCAGUAGCAGUGUUUCCGGAGUCGGUGGUGGCAGCAGCGGUCGGUACGAGUUCAUGUCGCUGACUCGGACGCCUCCACUUUCUCCUUCCUCUCCUCCGCACCUCCUCCAAAGGCAGGGCUCGGACCCUACAACAGCGCGGCUCCGUGCUUCUGAGAGCCCGACUCGGCGGCGUAGGGGCUCUGCUUCCUCCACCGCUUCCACGUCAUCGACCGGCGGCGCGCAGCAGCAGUUUCCGGAAGAGGACUGCAUGCACCUCAACCCGUCCAUCAUCAGCGUGGCGCUCAGUUCUCUGCUGGCCGUGGACCUGUGGCUCUCCAAGCGGCUCGGUGUGUGCGCGUAUGAGGAGGCGUCAUGGGGGAGCGCGCGGCCCCUCAUGAAAUUGGUGGAGGUUUCUGGACACGGCAUACCGUGGCUCAUCGGCGCCGCCUACUGCCUGUACAAAAGUGACAGCGCCGCGGGUCAGGAGGUCAUGCUGAACCUGCUCAUGGGUUUGGUGUUGGACCUGGUGCUAGUGGCCAUAGUUAAAGCCAUGGUGCGUCGCCGGCGUCCUGCCCAUAACCGCAUGGACAUGUUUGCCACGUUCUCUGUGGACCGCUACUCCUUCCCAUCAGGCCAUGCUACUCGGGCUGCUAUGUGCGCCCGUUUUCUGCUGGCCCACUUGGUCCUUGCUGCUCCACUGCGUGUCCUUGUCAUGCUCUGGGCAGUUUUUGUUGGUUUCUCCCGGGUCCUUCUUGGGCGCCACAACGUCACAGAUGUGGCCUUUGGCUUCUUUAUGGGCUACUGCCAGUACAACCUGGUGGAGGCGCUUUGGUUGUCACCAGCUACGCUGCAAAACAUGAUUGGUCAGAUGGAGUGAAGCUAGAAGGAGGCAGUAGAGACCAAGUGAUUCCAGAAAUGGACAUACAAAGACUUGAUCUGUAGUCACUGUGAUAUAUUAAUGGUGAUAUGAAAUGGGUGGGGUUUUUGUUUGUAAAUUUUGCCCCAGUUUGGAAUUGUGUACAGUAUUUCUGCUAAGUAUUUGGAAGGUAAAUGUAAACUUGAUCCACUCUUCUACUGAUCUGGUUUUAAGGAGUGUCCUAAAUCCAGCAAACUGAUCAUACAAGUUAGGAGCAAAAUUGGCAAAAGUCAUGGUCAGAAAGGACCUCUCUGACCUCUCCUGAUUGAUGCUGCUGUGCCACUGUGUAAUGGCCUGCAUUCGCAUUCACUAUCAUAAUAAUCAUAAUAAUAAUAAAUCACUUUAAACUCCUCAGAACAAUGUAAAUUUUCUAAGUGUAUCACAUUAGUAACUUGGUAUUAACUGCAAUGCUCGAAUUGAAAACAAUUUUCUCCUUCCAGAUGUUUUUUGAUAUUUUCAGAAAAUUAAUGAAGAGAAAGAAAAUCCCCAGUAUUACUAGGUGAAUGGGUAAUAUGGGUUUAUGUUCAUAUUAAUCAUUGAGGUGUGAUUGGUUACGUUUUCAAUACUCUGUAGCUGCGAGUGGCUGCUAAUAUCUGAUACCGACCUGGUACUCUCUGUGAGCUUCUAGAUUCAUCACAGACAUGAAGCUGAGAAGCAUGCUCUAAGAAGUGUGUCCUGUCACUAAACAUCACAUGCAGUUGUAACACUAAAUGCAUCAGAUCAGAAACAGUGGAUUGGAAAAUCCAGUUCAAUUCCAAUUCAGUGUUUUCUAUAGUCUGUGUAUGCCUAAUAUUUAAGCAUGUGGAUUAUGGUGAACCUCACUUGUGUUGUCGUUGUGUGCGAUUGUUUUUCGUCUCUACAUGCUUUCCAUCUCUUUUGGUGAAUGUAGAGAGUUUUAAUGCACUAUUUUCUCUAAUUACAUGGUGGUCUUUGUUCGUACAUUUUAGACCACUGAUGAUUUUAUGAAACAGGUUGUUUUAUUAAAUGAGCUUCAUUUUUGUUCCUUUAUAGAAAUAGAUAUGUUGUGUAUAUUGUGCUUUUUCUUGACAUUGUAAUUAUUUUGACCACACAGUUUAAUAGAAACAUCUGCAGACCCACCUGCUCAUUCAUGCAAUUAGCCAGUAAGACACGUGUGGCAGCAGCUCAGUGUAUAACAUGCAGCUACAGCGCCGCCCCCCCAUCCCCCCCCCCCCCCCCCCAAAAAAAAAAAAAGAUGCAAAGGCACGAAUUUAAAAAAAAAUUUUCCAAUGAGUGGCAGUUCUGACACUUGUUGAUGAGAGAGGUCAGAGGAGAAGGACCAGACUGGUUCGAGCUGACAGUAAGGCAACAGUAACUGAAAUAACCACUCUUUACAACUGUGGUCAGCAGAAAAGCAGGUCAGUGCACAGUAUGCCAAACUGUGAGAAGCUAAAACAGCAGCGAGAUCACAUUAGAUUGCACUCCAGUCAGCCAAGAGCAGGAAUCUGAGGCUACAGGGGGCGCAGGCUUAUUGAAACUAGACAGUUGAAAAUUGAAAAACUUUAUAGCUGAUGUUUUCUGUCCAGUGUGUGAGCGUGUCCCCAGUGUAGUAUCACAUUCCUGUUCCUGUAAUAUGUAGUGCCAUUCUCAGAUGCUUUCCUGUUCACCAUGUUUGCAAAGAAGGAGUCUCUGAGAUCACAUUUUUUCCCCAUUCUGAAACUCUUGACCUGUAUCUGUAUGAUACACUAUACUGCUGCCACAUUAUUGUCUGGUUGAAUAAUUACAUACAGUAAAUAAGCAGGUGUACAGAUGUUCCAAUUAAAGUUGUAUACUCUACUAUGUUUUAUAGCUAAAUAUAGUACUUUCAUGUUAUAGGAACAUUUAAGUGUCCUUUACUCUCACUGGCAGUUUAAUAAUUAUUACUCUUAAUUCAGUACGCAUGAAAAACUAAAAUAUACAAAAACAGGACUUUUUAUUUUAUAGCUUCAUAGGCAGUUUGGUUUCAAGGCUUUAUGCUGAAGCCAACAAAGAAGUUUGUUUUUAAGCAGGUGCUGUGUGUUGUACUCCUCUGACUCCUUCCACUACAGCAAUGAUUUCGAAGAGGAGCUCAGUAACACAUUAAAGCCAUGAAUGUAGAAGAGGCAUUUCUUUAUAAAAGGAAAAAUAUGACCAGAUUUGUGACUCAGUCACUGAGCAUCUUGUCUUAUUUGUCUCUUUCAUACUUUCCUCACUCCUCCUUUGUAUACAUAUUGUGCUUUUCAUUUGCACCUGUAGUAGCACUCUGCUGUUGUACUUACCGUAUAAGAUGCUGGAGUUAACUGAUUUACAGAUGCUCUCUCAGUGUAGUCCUGAGGUGAGAAGUCUCUGAAACUCAACACUAACAAGUAAAUUAUCCUAACUAAGUUACCUUAUGAGAGGUAAUGCAUUGCUUACUAUGAUGUUGCAUGCCAUAAAACUGUUUUUUACUGUUUGUGUCGUGCUUUUGACUGUUGUAACCUUUUUUGGCAAUACCAGCUGGUGUUUUCAUCACUUAGUGCAUCCUCGGGUCUGUAGCAUUAGAGAAUGAGAAACUAAGGCUCACCAACAGCACUUUGUCUUGUAUGAACUGCAAUAAUGUUUUUCCAGUUGGGUUUAUUUACCAGGGACCAUCUUUCAGGAGUGCAAACCUGGGCAGUGAAGGUUCAUGGCCUGUAUUGUAUCUGGUUCACACUGAUUUGAUUUCUGUAGCUGUGACCAGUUCAGUCUGUGCCUCGGGUCUGCUUUCUGGUCCUGUGAUGCUUCAUGCUAUGCCUUCAUCUCUGGUGACUUCACCAGCUGUUCACAAAAAUUGCAUAAAUAUCUAAACAUAUAUAUACUGUUGAUGGUUGUAUAAUGUAAAAUCUUUUGUCUAUCUUAAAAAAAAUGCUGCAAAAAUGUAAAAGUUGUAAAAGUAAUAUAUGAAUGUAUGAGUGUGGUGGUUAUACAUGUGAUAAAUUAUGCUGUCAUUCUAU